AUGCCGGUCGAAAACACGCAACGGAAGACCAAGCGGUUCAUCACCGGACACAAUGAAGAAGGAAAAGCUGUGAUCGAGCAGAUCGAUGAAGGUCGUCUGAGAAAGAUUGACAAUGGCGUAGCUCAGUAUAACGAGCUGUGGCAGACCUCCACCUUUCCUGUCGACAUCAACCACGACGACUGUCGAGCAAAGGAGAAGACAGUCAUGUCCCUUUCACUGCCUAACGGCGUGGUGUUAAGAAUGGUGGAUCGCUCCCCUGGCUCAUACUCCGCCAUGCACCGAACGCAGAGCCUGGACUACGGCAUUAUGAUCGAGGGCGAGAUGGAGUGCAUCAUGGAUUCGGGAGAGAAGGUUGUGUUGAAGCCCGGAGAUGUGUGCAUUCAGCGUCAGACGAAUCAUCAAUGGUACAAUGCCACCGAGGGCUGGAACAGGAUGAUCUUUGCUAUGAUGGAUGCGAAGCCACUUGAGGUGGCUGGGAAGGUGUACAAGGGCGAGACGGGAUAUGAGCAUGUCAAAGAUAUUGCAUCUCGUUUGUAG